GGACUCGCACUUGGCGCUUCGCGCGGGCAGGAGAAGCGAGCAGGUGUCAGGUUGCGAUGACUCGCGCCUCCUACAACCGCUGCGCCGCGCGUUGCCAUGGAGAUGUUGGUCAGGAACGGUGGUUCUGUUUGAAAUACCAAACAAAACAGUGCAAACAAAGCUCGUGAUGGACUCUGAACACGAAAAGGAUCGCCAGAAUGGGGAGGGAAGCGGAACGCCGGGUCACUUGCGCCCGAACCAACAGCUGGUCGAUCGUAACACCGCGCCCAAGCAGCAAUGGCAGCGGGAGGAACGGCAGGACUCCCGGCUGCUGGCCGAAGCCAACCGGCGGACCGUCAACACGGCCCAGCUCCGGCAACAGUUGCGCGAAUCCAGCCAGGAGCUGCGGGUGUUGGAAUCGAAGCUGCGUGCGGCAUACGUAGCGAAAGGGAUAGCGGCGCAGCUGGCCGAAAUUGCGCUGAACAGGCAACGCGAACACCUGGAGGACAUCAAGGAGCAGGAGGAGCUCGCCAAGCUGCAGCAGAAGAAUGCCGCCUACAUGCAGUCACUGUUGGAGGAGCGGGCGGAGGAGAAGCGGCAGUUGCGGGCGGUCCUGCUCGAGCAGAUAAGCGAAGCGCGCCACACCAAGCAGUGCCUGUAUGAGGAGUUUCUGCGCGAAAAGACCAGUCUCGAUGCGGUGGUGAAAAAGAUGCAGGAAGAGGAGCUGGAAGCGAUACAGCGCAAGCUGGAGCUGCGGCACUGCACGCGCCGCGAGAUGGAGUGCUUCCAGGAGGCCAAAGAACAGUGGCGCACACGCCAGCGGUUGCUGGACGAGGAGGAAAACGAGCGGAUCCGGCAGUACUGCGAGGAGAAGGUCCGCUCGUCGUUGCAGGCGAAGCAGCGCGAGCAGGAGCUGACCCUUCAGCGUGAGCAGCAGAACGCACGGAUGAUAGGAAAGCUGGAACAGGAAGAGGAUGAAAAACGGAAGCGCGAGGCGCUGCUGCAGGAGCUGUACAUGGUGGAACAGAACGACCGGGAGGAAGUGAAGCGGCAGCGCCAGCUGGAGGAAACACUGCGGAAACGCAUCGAAGUGCGCCUCAGCCUGGAGCACCAGCGGACCGAGCUGUCCUGCCAGCGCCAGCGGGAGGAGGAAGAGACGAAGCGGUUCCAGGAGGAGCAGAUCAAGGCAUGGUCGGAACGUGACCGCAUCGAGCAGCUGUCGAACGAGAAGCGCCACCGGAAGAUGAUCGAGUACAGGCGGGCGGUGCAGGAGCUGCUCGAGGAACGGCGCCGUCGACGAAGGGAAGACGUUCAGCAGGCGCUUCAGCAGGAGGAACAGCUGCAAAGGGAGGAAAAACAGCGACAGGAGAUCCUGGAGGAGGAGCGUAUCAAGCUGCUGAAGGAGCACGUGGCCGCCCUCGUCGGUUUUCUGCCUCCCGGCAUCCUGCGCGAGACCGAUCGCGAAUUUAUACCGCUGCCGAAAUUUUAAUCUCACUACCCUUAGCAUCUUUUCAUUCCUCUGUAACGAAUACUGUUAAGAACGAUAGAUAAAUCAGCAGCAAACAAAUCUAA